UGUUGAGAGGACACAUGACUCCGGAGGAAUGCUCCCUUUUGUCCAACGGAGCGGUUUCAGUGGGAGACGGAGGGUGAGAGCCAGAGGAGAGGGGGAGUUAGAGGGAAGAGAGAGGAAAAGAGAGGGGGAGAGAGGGAGAUAGAAAGAUGUCGCUGCCAGCCACUAAUCCCGAUGUCACCCAGUUCCCAGGGCCAACUGUUUCUCUACCUUUUGGACGGGAAGUAUUUAGAACUUAUUCUGGAGCACUAAUCUGUGUAGAAAUAGUAUUUGGUGCACUAGUAUGGAUCCUGGUGUCUGACUCCAAAGUGCCCGUGCCUCUGCUACAGGGCUGGGUGAUAUUUGUGUCCCUCCUCACCUUCAUCCUCUCAUCCGCCUACCUCAUUAUCUUCGUCACUGGGCUGGCUCACAACAUCAACACAGACUUGAAUGUCUUGGAUAUCGUUUACCAUUUUAUGGCUUUGCUUUUCUACUUUUCUGCCUUUGUGCUGGAGGCAGCAACUGUAGCAGCGAGUAUUGGAGCCGUCAAGCUGCCCAACAGCACUGCAAGCGUCUUGUGUAUAAGCUACCCCCAGGGCAAUAUAUUCACAGUCCUGGAUGGCACUCAAUACAGUAUUAAUAUUGCAGCCACGAUAUUUGCAUUUGUGGUGACAGUAUGCUACGGCUGCAGCAUGAUGAUGGGCUUUAGGCGGUGGAGGAUGUCGCCUUGAAACCCUGCACAAACUAGUUCUUCAUAACUUCAACAUGUAUUCAAACAUCAGUCACACCGUCCAGAUCUCCACUGACAGUCCUGCUGUUCAGUUCAGUGCAAACUUUGUUAUUUCCCAAUGGAAAACUAAUACCAUCAGAUUUCUGAACAAUGAUAACUCUGGAGGAGUUCUACUGCUGUGCUGUUGAAAGGUUCAGGUAGUCACAGUCUGGGCUGUUAACGGUAUUUUGAUGGCAGGGUUAAAGAUCCUAACAUUUACUUGUAUGUACAUGGUUAUAUAGAAUAAUUUUGCAAGUUAUGAGUGAUACUAGAUAUGGUUUUGUUUGUUUUUCCACUUUGUGAAUUAUAUAGAUAUUGCCCCAUUUCCUGAAUAGCAUCCCCAUUGGAGGGAACACUUCCCAUUUCCCAGAACACAAAAUAAUGCCUAUGUAUGCUACUUGUAGGCUAUGCACUGCAGAAUAUUUAUGUGAUGGCGCAAUUUAAAACCUGAAUAUUGCCCCAUUUCCUGAGUCACAUCCUCAUUGGAAAAAAUAUUUCCCCUUUCCUAUAUUAGAAGAAAAACGUGCCUAUACAUGCUGCUAAUGGGUUAUGCACAACAGAGCUUUAAUGUGAUGGUGCAAUUUGCCUGAAAGAGCAUAAAAGGCCACAUGAGUGUGUCCUCCGUCCUCUGGUUAACGUGUUGCUAAGGAGCUGUAAACAAAUUGUAGAUUUAACACAACUGAUUACAACAAUCAGUUGUGAGCUGAUCUUAUAUUUAAAUGUCAAAGUUGUUAUUUCUUGUGUGAGCUUUUUGUAAAAUUGUAUUAUCCAGCAUCAACAAUGUAAGUAUUGUACAUUCCAAGUCAACAAUAGUCACAUAAUAAUAUCUGCUAAUGUUUAAUGUUUUUCUCACUGCUGUCCUAUGUGGCUAACUCCACUGUGGCUUAUCAUUUAGACCAAGACUUUAGUUAAACAAAUCAUGCUAUUAAGUUCUACUUGAAACUAAUCACUUAAUCUUACUUUCAAGACAAAAAACCUUUGUCAACUAUCUUAUUACAAACAGUGAUCAUGAUCUAGUAAUGAGUCAUUUAAAUUUGUAUAGUAGUGUGUGUGUAGGGUCUAAUCGUUUUUGUAGAUGUGUUGAUGCAUCAUAACAUAUCACAAUUAUUAACUAUCUUGCAACAUCAUUACUUGUAGGCUACUUACAGAUUAUUUGUGUUUGCAUCAGACUAGUAAAUGUUAUUGAUUUUAAAAUAUGUCUGUUUUUUGACACCUACUUUCUGUUUGUUAUUGCCAUUUGUAAUGUCUUUAUUUUAGAGCUACAUGAAUAAAGUCUUUGAAAAAGAAA